AUGGUGUACAGCGAUUCCGCAAAGAACAAAUCAGAAACUGCUAAAACAACUUUUGAGAACAUACUUUACCUCCUCAAAGGUUACUUCCCAGGCGAAAUGAUGACUUUGUGCAGAAAAGAUUUUAGGUCAAUUAAUCAACUUCGUGCUCAAUACUCAAAGGUAGAAGAGAUGCGCGAGAAAUUGGGAGAUCUUAGUUGCAGUCCACUCAAGCGAAAACGAGAGGACACAGGAAAUUACGAUAUCAGACCUCAUACCCUUCGAAGCACCUCCACUAUGACAGAAGAUCAGUCGGCCCAGCCACAGCCUCUUCAGCAAGAAGAUUUGCUCCUAACGAUCAGUAGAUUGCUAAAAUUGGAGAGGAAGAGUAUGGUUUCUAAGCUACAGCCGUCAAUUUUAAGAGGAGCAAAGUCUGGAGAUAUAUUCCCCGGGUCCACGUAUAAUCAUCGGAGAAUUCUAGCAACAUCUCCGUUGGAUAUAACCAAAGACGUGCAGACGAAGAACUGUGACAUCAUAUACACGUUUUUGAGGAACCUCAUGGAUAAACCCGACGACACUGAAGACGGUGUCAACCACAGGAUUGGUAUCGCUGUUUCAGUAAUUAUGAAUCUCACUAACCAACAACUGAACAUCUACGCAGAUAAAUUAGGAGUUAUGAUGAUCGCUGCUGGUCUGCCAAACAGUGCAUUAGACAUCGUUGGCACAAUGGGAAUCACAUGCGGUAGUCAAACUGGUAGAGAAAUUAUUAAAGAUGCAGCGAAGGAUUCAAAGUCUCUGAUAUUAAAAGCGGUAGAAUUUAGCGGAACAAAACAUAAUACCGAAGAAAUUAUAAAAUUUCUGGAAAAAUUGGCAAAAGAGCCAUAUUUGUUUAUUGGGAGGAGCAAAAUGAGUCACCAGAUAAUUUAUAACGCGACGGGAGGAGUAAGUAUAGCAUAUGAGUGUGACGCUGAGUUGUUAGCUAAUGUGGACAACCCUUUGUCACCUGCUGUGGAUAUUGUAGGGGAUAACUUCAAUCGAAACAUAGGAAAUGAAAGAUGGGGAAAAUCAGUGCCAAUUGAUGUGUUUCACAUUGCUGGAAUACUGAGACAAGUAAGAGCGCUACCAACCCUUUCAUGGACUAAGCCCGAAAUUCCACUCGAGAAAUUGGAAGUAAGUCAUCUCUGCCCAUCGACUACUGAUUUAAAUCAGUUUUCUCUGGAUUCAGAAUAUCUUUUCAUGAUAGUAUUAGUAAACAGAGAUGACGAUCUAUCAGACUGUAAAGAAUGGAUAGAUACUCAUCUGCAUCAUCCACUAAGGGAAGUGAUGGACCAAGCGACCGUGACUGUACCUCUCGGGAUUAUACCGGAGAAUCAGACAAGUACUGCUGCCAAUGUGAAGAUUCUAAUGGAGUGUGAGCAGUAUAUGAACAAGUCAAAUGUAAUUAUUUAG